GCCACAGCGCCGGAGUCGGAGCCGCCGCAGCCACAGCCGCGGGCACUAUGGCUUCUGGAGUGACAGUGAAUGAUGAAGUCAUCAAAGUUUUUAAUGAUAUGAAAGUAAGGAAAUCUUCUACCCAAGAGGAGAUCAAAAAAAGAAAGAAAGCCGUCCUCUUCUGUUUAAGCGAUGACAAAAGGCAAAUAAUUGUAGAGGAAGCGAAACAGAUCUUGGUGGGUGACAUUGGUGCUACUGUAGAGGACCCCUACACAUCCUUUGUGAAGUUGCUACCUCUGAAUGAUUGCCGAUAUGCUUUGUACGAUGCCACAUACGAGACAAAAGAGUCUAAGAAAGAAGACCUAGUAUUUAUAUUCUGGGCUCCUGAAAGUGCACCUUUAAAAAGCAAGAUGAUUUACGCUAGCUCUAAAGAUGCCAUUAAAAAGAAAUUUACAGGGAUUAAGCACGAAUGGCAAGUAAAUGGCUUGGAUGACAUUAAGGACCGGUCAACACUGGGAGAGAAAUUAGGAGGCAAUGUAGUAGUUUCACUUGAAGGAAAACCAUUAUAAUAUGACAGUCAAAGUGCCAUCUGGAUCUUAUGGAACAUCCGUUUCUCCAGCUCAAUCCUUUGGAAUAAUAUUAGGGUUUUGUUUUGUUUUGUUUUGUUUUUAGUUUUUGGGGGUUUUUUUGAUGGUUUUUUUUUCCUUUUCCACCCCCCUUUCUCCUGGGCCCUUCUAACACAAUGAAUGAAGGAGGCAACAUUCAUUUAAGCAGCCUAUCAGUGAUUGCCAUUAGACUGUUAAUACAGUUACUUUAUGUAGAACCCAAGGAAUGUCUUCCCUGUAUGAGUUCAGCCAAAAGAACUGGUUAGAUGCCUCCAUGGUAGCAAGCACUACAACGAAUGUGAUUGUCAAUGUGAAUAGCUUAGAAUACUACAAAGGGUAAGCUAACUGAAUGCCUUGAAAGUAUUAUCCACUGGUCAGAUGCUCAACUUGUUUCAGUAUUAUUUAUAGUUGCACUUGAUUGCAGUUCUGAAGCUUGAGCAUUCAUACACCUCACCUGCCUUGGCCAGCCUCUGUGUGACAUGGCAGCACGGAUAUAACACUAUGCAUUAAAAGCACUUUUUUUGUAAUGAGUUGAAUUCCCUUCAAAAGGAAUGCCAAUUAAGUUUCAUUAACUGUGUCAUCAAUUUAUCCUAGUACCUCAGUGUUCAUUCCUGUUACCUGCAUACUUUCUCAAAAGAAAUAGCUAUUAUUAAUAUCUUUUUGUUUUCCAUUGAGUGUACACUACUGAAUAAGUGUAGGAGUUUUAUGUUUACCAUGUGAGUCUUGCAACACUAAAGAUAUUUUGAAUAUCAGUCAUGAUGGCAAUUUCUGUAUAAAAGAGCCUUAAAUGGAACAUUGUUUUGAGCUCAAACCCCCCCCCCCCUCACAAAAAUGGCCACGUUGCAAUAAAAAUUGUGGCA